AUGAAAGAAAGAAAACUAAGAUGUAUGAAACCAAAUACCAAUACAAGACUAAACUAUCUUAAAAAACUUAAACUCUGCUUAGAUAAUUAUUGUAAAGAUGUAAAAGCAAAAAAAAAUAGAUUGAUAUGGGAUAAAGAAAUUGAAAGACUAAAAAAUGACCUGUACAUUAAACAAAUACUUUCUUAUAUGGAAAAGAAGUCCAACCAAUUAAUUUAUUUAUGUGAUUCACUUAACUUAAAUCAAUUUAUUGAAAGCAUUGAAAAAUCUAAUCCUAAUUUAUAUAAUCAAGACACUAUUGAAAACCUUGUUAAUCAAUUUAUAUCAUUAGACAUUGGUGAUAUUCCUAAAGAAGAAGGAAAAAAUGAAGAAGAUUUCUCUAAACAAAAUCAACAAGAAGAACAAAGCGAAAACCAAUCAAUUCAAAUUGUUCAACCAGUCACUAUUAUUAAUGAUAAUGAAGAUGAUAAAUAUCAAAUGGUUGGUGGAGGAAAUACACUUGGUUCAUUAUUACAUAUAGUUAGUAAUCAAUCUACAGAUGAAAAUGAAUUAGAAAUUAAACAAAGACCACUCUCAAAUGAUAAAGAAAGUAAAACAUUUCUACAAUUAAAAAAAAAUCAAAUUCCAAAGAGAACAAUUACAUAUUCUCGUAUAAACAAACCACCCUCUGACCAAAAAGAAGAAUUAAAUCUAUCACCAUCAGUUUCAAUUAUUAAUUGUUAUGAAGAUAAUGAUAAAUCUGAUAAUACACUUCAUCAACUAUUCAAUGAAACAGAAAAUGAAAAAGUUGUUGAUUUAACAAAUACGAAAGAACCGGCUUGUCUUGCUUUAGACAUUGAGGAAGACUUUUGUGUAUUAAGAAAAAAAAAUGAUCAUGUUAACCAGUGUUAUGACUUAUCACUAGAAACUCAGUCAAUCUUCAGAUCUUUAAUUCCGUUAUUGUAA